GACUUCAGUGUGACCAUCCUCUGGGAAAUGGCUGAUCUUUUCUUCUUCUGUCUGUUACUGUGCACGACUGGAGAUGUGUUGGGGCAGUUCCAGCUGGAGCCACUGAAUACUGCGGCACUACAAGGUUCUGAUGUCAUCUUCAAAGCCACUGUCAGCGGACUAUGGAAGGUCAUGACCUGGAAUGUCGGAGAACUUCUGAUCCUGACGAUCAUGUGGAAUGGUUCAGACAUCCCGUUCUCAGAGCACUUUUCUGCCAAAUUGUGUUCUGGAAAUGACAGUGGCUGUGUGGAGUUCACCAUUCAUAAUGUGACCCGCAAUGAUUCUGGUUUGGUCACCUGCACUGUGCAGGGCAAUUACGGCUCGCGGUCGGCACAGCUCCUCGUACAAGAAAGUGGUUCAGUACACAUCAUGGGUGGCAAUGUGACUGCGACGCAGGACCAGCAGGUGGAGUUCCAGUGUGUCACAGCUGCAUGGUUCCCCGUCCCGACAAUCAGCUGGAGCCUGGACGGUCAGAAUGCGAACAGCAGCCUGAACGACACCAUCAUUGUGGCUCACGGCGACACGUUCAACUCUACCGCGGCGCUGAAGUUCCAAGCAGUCAGAAACACCAGAGUGGAGUGUUUGGCAACCGUAUCUGCACUGACAAGUCCACAGUCCAGUGCGGUGUACCUGGUGGUAGUUCCAAAGCCGACUGACUGGACUGUGUUGAUUGCCGUGGUUGUGUCCAUCGGAUCCUUUGCUCUGGUGGUUUUGCUGAUCAUUGGAAUCGUCUUCUGCUGCAAACGCAGGAAAGAUAAGAAACUCAGUUACCAAGACGAAAUGAGGAGAGUGAGGACACAAAGUCAGACGAGUGGUGUCCGUCCAGCUGGACAGAAACAAGGUCGAGUUAACGUCGGCUAUGAGGUGGACGGACAAAACAGCAUCACUCCCAGUGAAGUCAGCGACAGCAGCUUUAGUCGGACAGGCGGAUCACAGAUUUUUACGAUUCCUGAUGUUAUCGACAGUAACCAGCAAACUAACGGCUACAGCGGUGCCUCCAGACCCAUGAAACACAGACACCUCACCUUCGUGUAAAGGCACAUUUCUCAGACUCUGAAAAUGUAAAAUAAUAUUGGAUCUCACAUUGACAGCAGGAUGAGACUUUGCUGUGCAGGCUGGAUAUUGUCAUCAAACCCGGUGCUGUACAGUCAGCUGACAGCAGACGAUGGUGUCAUUUUUGUUCCAGCCGCUCAGAAGUUAGACCAAAGUCUGAUGCUGGCAGAAGACCCCACAUAGAUUUGUUUUCUA